GCGUAUGAUAAAUGAGGAAAAACAUUUGCUGAAGGAUAUUAUGGAACAAUAUCCUUUCCUGUUUAAAAAAGCCCAUCUAAAAUCUGAGUACAGUCGUUUGAUGGCAGAUAGCUCGGCUGCUGAUUGUAUUCAAGGCAAUUUGCUAGAAGUAUCACCCAACAUUAUCAGAGUAGCAGAGCAAAGGAAAUUUGUUUCAGAAGAAGCUAAUAAGCUGCUGCUUCUUUGUAAACCUACAAAUGACUCUAGUUGUAAUGAUGAUGAAGAGAAUGAAAAUAUUUUAUCUGCAGAGAACAAAACUUUUGUUGCAAUGUGUUUGUUGCCUCAUUUACUGGAAAGGAAAACAAAAACUAAUAAAAGUCCUGAGUCUUACUUUUACCAGGUUAGUAUUGAUUGCAGAAUAUGGAUAUUUGUAUUGAAACUCAAAUAAUGCAGUGCCUAACUGCUUGAUUA